AUGUUUCCGGCAGUAAGGCGGCCUCGUGCCCAUUCUUUGGUGGUCGCCCCGUUGUGUAGCCCUCGCCGCCGUGCCUUCUCCGCAUCGACCGUAGCCCGAACAGCGCCCCGUCGCACACGAGACCUUUCCUCGAGCUUCUCGAACACCUACGACCCGGACGAGGAAGGCAGAGGGCCCAUGUUCAACAAAAGCUCGUUCGGCGUGCCCAAGUUCUAUCCCAGGGAUCUCAAGAAGCGGGUCGAUGAGUACGUCGUUGGCCAAGACCGAGCCAAGAAGACGAUAUCGGCCGUCAUCUUCAACCACUACCAGAACAUACGGAGGAGACACCACCAGGAGGAGCAGGACCAUAAGCGCGAGGAGAAGAUACUGCGGCGGAACGAGGCCCGCGAGAGGAAUGCGCGCGAGAAAGAUCCGGUACACCCUGUCGAAGGUUCGCUGUUCCACGAUCCCAUACGGCAGAGAUUCGCCGCUGACGAGUACCCCGAAGACGAAUUUCCCGGCCACAACGAGUCCGUCAAACACACACACUCCAUAUGGCAGCAUAGGGAGCAGGAGGACGACUUUUAUAUUCCAGAGGACACGAGCCGGCCCCAACCCGUCAAGAUCGAUAAGAGCAACUUGUUGCUCAUUGGCCCUACGGGUGUAGGGAAGACUUAUAUAUUAGAAACGCUGAGCAAAAAGAUCAAUGCUCCUUUUACUAUAUGCGACUGCAACUCCUUUACACAAGCGGGCUAUAUCGGCCAAGACGUUGAAACCUGUAUCGAGCGCCUAUUAAUCGAAGCGAAUUACGAUAUUAGAGCGACGGAGCACGGUAUAGUCGUGUUGGAUGAAUUCGACAAGAUUGCCAAGCGUGAAACUAUGAAUGGCAGGGACGUCGGUGGCGAAGGUGUACAGCAAGCUCUGCUCAAGUUGGUUGAAGGGACCAAGGUGACGGUGAACGUGAAAGACAACCGGUCUGCCGCAUCUUCGCGCUCCGCCAGCCCUAUAACGACCAACUACUCCGGCCCGGGCUCUACGUCCUCGAGCUCAGGCCCGCAAGCCCAGCCUCCGCCCUCCGGCAAGGUAGAUCAGUAUACCAUAGACACGAGCAACAUUCUGUUCGUCUUCUGCGGUGCAUUUGUCGGUUUGGAUAAGGUAGUCCUGAACCGCGUAUCCAAACCCUCCAUGGGCUUCGGUUCUGAGCUUCGCAGCCGUACCAAUGACUCCAAGAACCGCCCUGAUCUCCCACUUGACCUUUUCAAACACCUGCCUCACCGCCCGCCCAAUGCCGCAGACGCUUCUGCUCUUACCGCCCUCGACCUCACCACCCCCGAGGAUCUCCAGGGCUUUGGGUUCAUCCCCGAGCUCAUCGGCCGCAUCCACAACAUCGUGGCCCUGGCGCCCCUGAGCCAGAACGACCUGCUCCGGAUCCUGACGGAGCCGCGGAACAGUCUCGUGGCGCAGUACACGGCCCUGUUCGAGACGUACCCGUCGUCCCUGGCCUUCACGCAGAAGGCGCUGCGCGCCGUGGCCGAGCGCGCCGAGAAGGCGCAGACGGGCGCCCGCGGCCUCAAGAUGGAGAUGGAGCGCGUGCUGGCCGAGGCCAUGUUCGACGCCCCCAUGCCGUACGUGCUCGUCACGGAGAAGGCCGUCCGCGGGCUCGAGAAGGUCGGCUACUGGGGCAAGGACGGCCGCCUCGAGGUCGAGCGCCGCAUCCGCGACGAGGACGGCGCCCUGCCCGGCGAGGACGCCCACGCGAGGGAGGUCGUCCACAGUUCCAGCUUCGAGGAGUACAGGCAGGCGGGUGAAAGUGGUGCUUAA